UCUUUGUUCCAAGAUCUCUUUCAGAUCUUCAGGCCUGAAUUUAUGGAACUACGGGACUUACACCGACAUCCAGUAGAGAGAACUCAUCAGUAUGGUCUCUGUUGUUUGUUUCUAUCAACUCUAGUUUAAAGCUUUUGGACAACUGGUGGAAGAUGGCAGCAACUGGGGGUCGAGUGCUGGCAUUCCUGGGCCAGGUCCGCGCUCUAGGGCAGCGGGCAAUCUCAAGCGGCACUUCUGCGGAAGGCGAGGAUGGCACAGCCCGCAUGUGGAAGGCGCUUACUUACUACGUUGCUCUCCCCGGUGUGGCGGUCAGUAUGCUGAAUGUGUACCUGAAAUCCAGGGAAUCUCACCCGAGGCCCAAGUUCAUCCCCUACAGCCACCUUCGAAUCCGGAGUAAGGCUUUCCCGUGGGGAGACGGAAACCACACUCUGUUUCAUAACCCUCACGUCAAUCCUCUGCCAACGGGUUAUGAAGAUGAUGACAACGACGUCUACUAAGGAAAAGCUGAAGCCCGCUCCAGUCCUGGAACCCGCUAUAGCUCCUCACACCACCUCUUCCUCUCCAGGUUUAGGCUCCCAGGUUCUUUUCCCUUCCUUAUAUCAAGCAAUGAAAAAAUAAGGCUGAUGCUUGUUAUAGGAAUGGCUUAAAUAAAUCACUCUUAACACGGA